AUGUCCUCAAAUUCUACCGGAUGUCCUGUAUAUUGGAACUCUGCCGAAUUCGACUUGACUGCGUGUGGUAGACAUAUCCUUUUCGAUACUGGCUUGCCAUUACUUAUCUUGGCGUCAUCGCUCAUUUACCUCUCCCAUUACUAUAUCACGAACUUCAACCACUUCAAGCAUCCAACUUUGCUUUUCACCCCUCAAGAAGCCCAACCUUUGCUCGGCAACAAUGUUCAAGAAUCAGAGUAUUACGAUGAUGCUGACGAAGGUGAGUCUGCCCUGGUUGAACAUUACGGGUCCACCACCGAUGCGUCAGUGUCUAAAGGCGAAUUGAUUAAAAGACAACAUUUCGAUAUCCACUCUUUGAAAUUCACUAAUGAAGAUGGCUCUCCUCAUGGAAAAACCCUUAUGGUAUACCGUAACUGUGCUGAGCGUCUGAAACUUAUCACUGAAGAAUUCAUCUUAAUUGGGCAAUUCUUACUUCAUUUAGCCGUGUUUAGCAUGUCAUCAUUAAAUUCCGAAUGGUCAAAUGACAAUUCUGCCGCUGUUCGUUUGGGAUUCUGGACUUAUUUUUUGGCCAUUGGUACUCUCAGAUUAUUGAAUAUCAAUAAUACCUGGCUCUUUUAUCACAAAUACUGUCCAAACUUGUGGGCUAACUCCACUUUUGCUUACACUUUGCUUUUCAUUGUCAAUAUGAUUCUCACUCGUUCUUUUGUUGUCAAUGAUUACGCAAACUCUUUCACUAGCAAAUACUACCUUUCUCAGGUCAUUAUUUCUGUGGCUUUAUUCCUCCUCACCUGGACUUCCACCAUUGGCGAUAAGCCAGUCAAAUUAUACAAAGUUGGUGACAUGAUUCCAUCUCCUGAAAACAACAUUUCUUUGCUUUCUUUUUCCAUUUACGACUGGAUUGACCCAAUGAUCAUGAAAGCUUAUCGCUCAGGUAUCACCACUUCAGACAUUUGGAGUUUGAGAGAUGAUGAUUAUGCUUAUGUGGUACUCAAAAAAUUCGAAGAUUUCAAAACCAGUUCUCGUUUCGCUUUGAAAUUAUUCAAGUAUUUCAAAGGCUUGUUUGGUUUGCAAGCGGCCUUAACCAUUCUUGAAUCAUUCUUGAUGUUUGCCCCAACUUAUUUCUUGAAAAAACUCUUGGAAUACGUUCAAGCUCCAGAAAAAACUCCAACUAACUUGGCUUGGUUUUAUUUGUUUUUGAUGUUCUUUUUGAGAUUGACCAAUACUUUGUGCUUUGGGGUAGCUUUGUUCCUUGGUAGAAGAAUCUGUAUUAGAAUGAAGGCCAUCAUCAUUGGGGAAAUUUAUUCUAAGGGUUUAAGACGUAAAAUGGCCGUCAAUAACAAGAGUAGCAGUUCAUCUAGCAAAUCUGACUCUGAGGAAACUGAUGACAAGAAUAAAGAAGAUGCUAAAGGUAAAGAGUCUUUGGACGAUGAACAGAUUAGAGAUAUUGGUGGAAUUAUCAAUUUGAUGUCUGUCGAUGCUUUCAAAGUGUCUGAAAUUUGUGGGUACUUGCACUAUUUUGUUAGUGGGGCCUUGUCUUCAUGUAUUUCCAUCGUUUUCCUCUAUCAAUUACUUGGUUGGAGUGCCCUUGUUGGUGCAAUUGCCAUUGUUGCCCUUUUGCCAGUUAACUAUAAGAUUUCCUUAAAAGUUGGUGAUUUGCAAAAGAAAAUUUUAGGGAUUACCGAUAAGAGAAUUCAAAAGUUGAACGAAUCUUUGAACUCCAUUAGAAUCAUCAAGUUCUUUACUUGGGAAUCUAAAUUUUACAAUCAAAUUCUCGAUGUUCGUUCUGAAGAAUUGGCUGCAUUGAAAACUAGAUUGCUUGUGUCUGUCGGUGGUAAUUUCUUAUCAUUCUUAAUCCCAACUUUUGUCACCAUUUUGUCAUUCAGUUGUUACAUUUAUAUCGAAGGUAAUGUUUUGACCACCCCUGUGGCCUUCACCUCGUUGUCUCUUUUCAAUUUGCUCAGAAUUCCUCUUGAUGAUUUGGCUUACAUGUUGUCAUUUGUUAUUCAAUCCAAGGUUUCUCUUGACAGAGUUAAUGAUUUCUUGGAUGAGCCAGAAACUUCUAAAUAUGAGCAACUUAGUGAACCUCGUGACGCUAAUUCUCCAAUUACCGGUUUCCAAAAUGCCAGUUUUGCCUGGGACGCUAACUCGAGUUCUGAUUUCAAAUUGAGAGAUUUGGACAUUGAAUUUAAACAAUCUAAAUUGAAUAUUAUUAUCGGUGCUACCGGUUCUGGUAAGACCUCUCUUCUUUUGGCAUUGCUUGGGGAAAUGGAAAAGAUCAAGGGUAAAGUCUUCCUUCCUGGUGCUGCAAACGCUCGUUCUGCCCUUAUUCCUGAUCCAAAAACCGGUCUCACCGAUUCUGUUGCUUAUUGUGCCCAAGCUGCUUGGUUAUUGAACGAUUCUAUCAAAAAUAACAUUUUAUUCGCUGCUCCUUAUAAUGCCAAGCGUUAUAAAGCCGUGGUUGCCGCUUGUGGUCUUUCUCGUGAUUUUGAAAUCUUGGAAUACGGUGAUGCUACCGAAGUUGGGGAAAAAGGGAUUACUUUAUCUGGUGGUCAAAAGCAACGUGUGUCCCUCGCCCGUGCUUUGUAUUCUUCUUCGAAAACCGUGUUGUUGGAUGACUGUCUUUCUGCUGUCGAUUCUCAUACCGCUCUUUGGGUUUAUGAAAACUGUAUUACUGGUAAGUUAAUGGAAAACAGAACAUGUUUGUUGGUCACCCAUAAUGUGGCAUUAAGUGUCAAAAGAGCCCAAUGGGUCGUGGUAUUGGACAAUGGUAAAAUUCAACUCCAAGGUACUCCAAAGAAAUUAUUAGAAGAUGGUUACUUUGGUGACGAUAAAUUGAUUGAAGCUGCCAUUUUAAACGAAGAAGACACCCAUGUGGCCAUUGUUGAAGAUGUUGAAGAAGAAGAUGAAAACGAAGUCACCGCAAUUUCUGUUAAUUUGGUUUCUAACAGACGUGCAUCCCACGUGGCUGGUCCAAGAGGUUCUAGUUUGCCAUAUGAUAUUGACAAUAAUGAAGAAGAACUUCAAUUGGAAAGAGUUGUCUCUAAAGUUAGUACCAUUGCUACUAGAGUUACUACCACCGCUGAUAAUGGUGAAACAGACGCUCCAGUACACAAUUUGAUCAAAGAAGAAGCUAAGGCAGAAGGGGUUGUUAGUUUGGACGUUUAUAUCUUUUACGCUAAGCGUUUUGGUAGUUAUUUCAUCUGGGGAUUCUUAUUGGCGUUGUUUGUCGGUUCUCAAAUCGUGAACAUUGGUCAAUCUUGGUGGGUGCGUCGUUGGGCUUACGAUUCCGAAUCUGGUAAUAUCUCCAUCAAUCUUUUUGGUACCACCAAAGUUUUCAGUACCGGUACUGUGAUGGCUGAUUUUGUUAGUAAUGAAAAAUUAUGGAAAUCUCCAAUGGGUUAUAUUUUGACCGAUGACCAUGGCGCUUCACUUCACAAUACUGCUUUCUACAUGACAGUGUACACUGGUAUCGGGUUCUGUUUUGCAUUCAUUUGUUGUUUCAGAGAUUACAUGGUGUUUGUUCAAGGUAUCGAAGCCUCGAAUUCCAUCUUUGUUGAAUUGUUGGAUAAAGUGUUCCGCGCCAAGAUUAGAUUCUUCGAUGCCACCCCAAUUGGCCGUAUCAUGAACCGUUUCUCCAGAGAUAUCGAAUCCAUUGAUCAACAAUUGGCGCCAAUGGCUCAAGGGGGGUUCAUUUCUUUGAUUGUCACUGCUUCUACCCUUGUGUUGAUUGUUUCCAUCACCCCUGCAUUCUUUUUGUUCGCGGUGUUCAUCAUGGGAAUGUUUUAUUUGAUUGCCGUAUUUUAUUUGACGUUGUCUCGUGAAUUGAAACGUUAUGAAUCAAUCUCUAGAUCUCCUAUCCAUCAACAUUUCAGCGAAACUUUGAUUGGGGUCACCACCAUCAGAGCUUAUGGUGACGAGCACCGUUUUAUGCGUCAAAACUUGGACAAGAUUGAUAAGAAUAAUGGACCAUUCUUCUACUUGUGGGUGGCUAACCGUUGGUUACAUUUAAGAGUUGAUACCGCGGGGUCUUUUGUCACUUUUUUCGCUGGGGCAUUUGUGAUUUUGAGUGUCAAUUAUCUUGAUGCCGGUCUUGCUGGUUUAUCUCUUUCUUAUGCUAUCUCCUUCACCGAAUCUGCGUUAUGGAUUGUUAGACUUUAUGCCGAAGUGGAAAUGACCAUGAAUUCUGUUGAAAGAUUGCAAGAAUACUUGGAUAUUGAACAAGAACCAGCACAAUUCGUUCCAGAAACCCAACCACCAAAGUCGUGGCCAAGCAAGGGGGAAAUUGAAGUUAAAGAUUUGUCACUUAGAUAUGCUCCAGAACUACCACAAGUCAUCAAGAAUGUAUCCUUCAAUGUGGAAAGUACUUCUAAAGUGGGGAUUGUUGGCAGAACCGGGGCUGGUAAAUCCACGAUUAUCACCGCAUUAUUUAGAUUCUUGGAUCCUGAAACCGGACACAUUAAGAUUGACGGGAUUGAUAUCACUAGCAUUGGGUUGGACGCUUUACGUCAAGCCAUCACCAUCAUUCCACAAGAUCCAACUUUGUUCACUGGUACCAUUCGUUCGAACCUUGAUCCAUUUGACGAUAAGACUGAUGUAGAAAUCUACGAAGCGUUACGUCGUGUCAACUUGAUUUCUAUGGAUGAAUUCAAUGCUUUACAAACCAUUGCCCAAUCAACUGUCGAUAAUAAUGAAGAUUCCGGAGAAAAUGUCAACAAGUUUUUGGAUUUGGACAGUAAUGUCGAAGAAGGUGGUAAGAACUUGUCACAAGGUCAAAGACAAUUAAUGUGUUUGGCAAGAUCUUUACUCAGAGCUCCAAAGGUGAUUUUGUUGGACGAAGCCACCGCAUCUAUCGAUUAUAACAGUGAUGCCAAGAUCCAACAAACCAUUAGAAGUGAAUUCGGAGGCAGUACGAUUUUGACCAUCGCUCAUAGAUUGAGAUCGAUCAUUGAUUACGAUAAGAUUUUGGUGAUGGACGCCGGGGAAGUCAAAGAGUACGAUGAGCCUUGGAAAUUGGUAUCUGAUCAAAGUACAAUCUUCUACAGUAUGUGUGCCAAUUCUGGGGAAUUGGAUACUUUAUUGGAAGAAGCUAAGGGAGCAUAUGAAAAGAAGCAUGGUUCAGCCUAA